GUAGGGUCUGGGUAUUCCUAAAGGGGAUUUGGGCCGGCGGGGGUGGUAGUGGCAUAUGUGUGAAAGUUUAAGCCUUUGUGAAGGGUAGUCUGGAUCUCCCUGGAUUGGGUUAGAGCAUGUGCCGGGAUCUUUUUGCAAAGGAGAGAAACUAAGUUGUUAUGAAGAGGGCGUCUGAGCAUCCCUGGAAUGAGUUAGAGUGGGGUUGGGUCUUUUUGCAAGGAAGAGGAGUUUAUGCCGAUACGAAGAGGGGAUCUGGGGAUCCCUAGAAUGGGCUAGGGUGGGAACGGGUCAUUUCGUAAAGAAGAAAUUCAGCUUAGGUAUUUUAAUAAUGUGAAAGGGGGUCUGGGCGUCCCUGGCAUGGGUUAGGCACAGAGGUUUGUAAGGAAGGGUUUAAGGUGAUGUGAAGACCGUAUCUGGGCAUCCCUAAAAUGGGUUAGGCUGGGUCAUUUUGUAAAGAAGAGGGGCUGAGGUUGAUAUGAAGAGGCACCUAGGGCAUUCCUAUAGUGGUUGGGGUAGAAGAGGGGAUCUGGGUACCCCAGGGGGGAUUAGAAUUGUAGGUGAGGUCUCAAUGUAAAGAACAAGUAAUUUCUGUGAAGAGUGAGACACGAGUUGGGGUGACGGGUAGAAUAUAGGUAUGAAGAGGUUAGGCUUUUGUGAAGUGGGGCUGGGUAUUCUGGAUAGGGGGUUAGGGCUGUGGGAGAGGGCUUUGAUUUGUAGAGAGGUUUAAGCACUUUGAAAAGGGGGAUCUGGGUAUCAUGGAGAAGUGGUCUAGGAGGGGAAAGUGUAGGUGUAGUGAUGGGUUACGCCAGCAUGAGACAAGUUGAUUGAAGGAAGGGCAAGUUUGAUGUGAGGGAUCUGGGCACCAGAGGGAGAGACAGUGUCUAAAGGGCGUAUGUAAAGGAGAGGGGUUGUACCAUGUGAGGAUGCAGAAAGUGGCGGGGGCUUGGGGCAGUUUGAGUCUUCUGGUGUAAAAAGAUGUCAGGAACCUGGGGGAGGGAACAGAGGAGGAGGGAGGCUGGGAGAAGUGGCGGCCGUUAGGGCCUGUGAGGACUCCCCGAGGCACCGGGGAGCAGGAAUGGGGUAGUGAGUUGGGAAGGAGGCUCGAAUGGAGAGGACACAGGUUCCUGUGUGAUGCGCGUGGCUGUGGGCCAGCUGAGAGGCAUGGGAGCCCAGGGCCUCGCUGCCGCCAUGACCGAGGAAUCCGAGGAGACGGUCCUGUACAUCGAGCACCGCUAUGUCUGCUCCGAGUGCAACCAGCUGUACGGGUCCCUGGAGGAAGUGCUCGUGCACCAGAACUCCCAUGUGCCCCAGCAGCACUUCGAGCUGGUGGGCGUGGCUGAGCCUGGAGUCGCGGUGGCCACGGAGGCAGCUUCUGGCACGGGCCUCUAUCAAACCCUGGUGCAGGAGAGCCAGUACCAGUGCCUGGAGUGCGGGCAGCUGCUCCUGUCCCCCAGCCAGCUCCUGGAGCACCAGGAGCUGCACCUGAAGAUGAUGGCUCCCCAGGAGGCGGUGGCGGCUGAGCCGCCAGCCAAGGCGCCCGCACUCAGCUCCAGUACCAUCCACUACGAGUGUGUGGACUGCAAGGCUCUCUUCGCCAGCCAGGAGCUCUGGCUGAGCCACCGGCAGACGCACCUCCGGGGCACUCCCGCCAAGCCUGCGGCCCCCGUGGUCCUGGGGUCCCCGGUGGUCCUGGGGACCCCUGUGGGCCAGGCCCGUGUGGCUGUGGAGCACUCCUACCGCAAGGCAGAGGAGGGUGGGGAAGGGGCAGCUGUCCCUUCCGCCGCCGCCGCCGCCACCACUGAGGUGGUCACUGAGGUGGAGCUGCUCCUGUACAAGUGCUCUGAGUGCUCCCAGCUCUUUCAGCUUCCAGCCGACUUCCUGGAGCACCAGGCCACCCACUUCCCUGCCCCGGUCCCCGAGUCGGAGGAGCCUGCCUUGCAGCAGGAGACCCUGACUCCGUCACCUGCGGAGGUGCCUGUGUCCCAGCCCGAUCCCCUGCCGUCCUCUGACCACAGUUACGAGUUGCGCAACGGUGAAGCCAUUGGGCGCGAUCGCCGGGGGCGCAAGGCCCGGAGGAACAACGGCGGAGAGCCGGGCGGGACGGCCACCCAGGAGCUCUUUUGCUCCGCGUGCGACCAGCUCUUUCUGUCACCUCACCAGCUACAGCAGCAUUUGCGCAGUCACCGGGAGGGUGUCUUUAAGUGCCCUCUGUGCAGUCGCGUCUUCCCCAGCCCUUCCAGUCUAGACCAGCACCUUGGAGACCACAGCAGCGAGUCUCACUUCCUGUGCGUGGACUGCGGCCUGGCCUUUGGCACAGAGGCCCUGCUCCUGGCCCACCGGCGAGCCCACACCCCGAAUCCUCUGCACUCGUGUCCGUGCGGAAAGACCUUUGUCAACCUCACCAAGUUCCUGUAUCAUCGGCGUACCCAUGGGGCGGGGGGCGUCCCUCUGCCCACCACACCGGUCCCCCCCGAGGAGCCGGUCAUUGGGCUCCCCGAGCCGGCCCCAGCAGAGACUGGAGAGUCCGAGGCGCCGGAGCCUCCUGUGGCCGAAGAGAGCUCAGCAGGGCCAGCUGCCCCGGGCACCUACCGCUGCCUGCUGUGCAGCCGCGAGUUCGGCAAGGCCUUGCAGCUGACGCGGCACCAGCGUUUUGUGCAUCGGCUGGAGCGGCGCCAUAAGUGUGGCAUCUGCGGCAAGAUGUUUAAGAAGAAGUCUCACGUGCGUAACCACCUGCGCACGCACACGGGCGAACGGCCCUUCCCCUGCCCGGACUGCUCGAAGCCCUUCAACUCGCCCGCCAACCUGGCCCGCCACCGGCUCACGCACACGGGGGAGCGGCCCUACCGCUGCGGGGACUGCGGCAAGGCUUUCACGCAGAGCUCCACGCUGCGGCAGCACCGCCUGGUGCACGCGCAGCACUUCCCCUACCGCUGCCAGGAGUGCGGCGUGCGUUUUCACCGCCCCUACCGCCUGCUCAUGCACCGCUACCACCACACGGGCGAGUACCCGUACAAGUGUCGCGAGUGCCCCCGCUCCUUCCUGCUGCGCCGGUUGCUGGAGGUGCACCAGCUCGUGGCCCAUGCCGGCCGCCAGCCGCACCGCUGCCCGUCCUGCGGGGCCGCCUUCCCUUCCUCGCUGCGGCUGCGUGAGCACCGCUGCGCCGCCUCUGGGCCUGUGGCUGCCCCCACCAGGCUGGAGCAUGGAGGCCUGGGCCCCAGACACCUCAGGAAGCCCAGCAGUGCCCAGAAACAGGCAGGGCCCCAUCUGGAUUAG